UGACACAGUUCACUUUCAGUUCGGCAGUACUCGUAAAGCGACCGAAGAAGUACGACCCACUUAUUGAGUUUCUUGAAAUAAGAACUCCAUUUAUCUGCUAUCACAUUCGUGCAAGACGUUCAUCGAAAACGACAGUAAAAAUGAGGCAAACCACUUGGAUUUUGGCGGUGGCCGUUGGAUGUUUGAUGAUGAUGAAUUGCAUGUCUGAAGCUAAAUCCAUUGUUAAGAGAGAAGACGUACAGAACAAUAUUGACCCUACUAAAGAGGAAAUCGAUUCUGAUGACCAAGACAGAGAGAAGAGAAGCCAAAACCAUCCAAUAGAUCCUAAAUGGGGAGCUAAAAGUGCAGUAAUUGGAUUUGUUUUCAACAAAAUCAAUUCAUUCAUCGAUCAGAAAACCCAUUGGCUUAACCAGCUCGACAAGACCAACAUCGCUAAAAAUCAGGCACACCACAUCUAUCCACCAGCAGAUCCAGUGGUUUCUCUCUCAGGCAUCAUCUCAGGCAAAAUCGGUCAAGUUCUUCAAGCCUCAGCACCACUGAUUACUGUCGUUACGAACAAACUCAGCAGUGGCUCCAACCCCUCUGCUGGCUCUCAUGCUGGCUUCAAAUUCGGCAAUCUUUUGGGAGGCUUCAGCGGAGGGUCCAGUGGAGGUCACAAUCUCCAAGCCUCCGCCAAUUUGGGAGGUGCAGCCCAUGUUGGCGCAGGCGCUGGAGUAGGAGUUGGAGUGGGGGGAUAUGGAGGAUAUUAAGUCGAUGAAGAUUGAGAGGAAUAUGUCGUUUAAAGAAGGGAGUUCAUUUUUUCAUAACAGCUGAUCUCUCAUUGUCAUCUCAAAAAUUUUCAUUCCAUAAUGAAUCAAACACUUCUUUAAUAGAUGCCAGUAAUUUAUGAUAAUAUUACCCUGAGAAUUUUCGAAAAUUUGCUACUAAAAAUCAUAAUUUUUAAUAUAAUAAGAUCGAAACGCAACAUUCUUUGAAGAAUGAUUCAAGUCAGCUUAAGUAAAUUCAUAAUAAACAUUAUCAAUUUCCAUACGUUAUCUAGUCAACAUAGCAUCAGAAGCAAGUUACAUUCAUUCGAAUACAAAGAGAGAUAAAUCGAAUCAAAAUCCACCAGAGGUGCAAAUAAGUUCCAAGCAUACUCUCCCUUCAAAAUCCUCAUUAAUUUGCGACAUAUCCUUGUUGUUAAGUUUCUUUUGUCAAUUCCUGUUAUAUUGUCAUUUUCACAUCUUUACAUGUUACCUCUGCAUGCAUUGCAUCUUGUAUAGGUACAUAGAAUCACUCUUAUCAUUUGUAAAAAAACUCAUUAUUCUGGUCAAUUUGAGAUUAAAAGGUCAUUUAUUUAUGUUUGUUUUUUGUAAAUAAAGUAUAUAAAAAAGUUUAAGGGAUGUAUAUAAUAAAACUAUUCGACUUA